AUGAGAUUCUUUUGGUUUUUGACACAAUUAACAACAUCAGCUUUUAUAAUUUCUGCUUCGAAUCUAUUCAUAAACAUUCCAGCUGCCCUAUCUUUAUUUUCAAAAGAAGUAACGCAAUCACAGCUAUUUUAUUUUUUUUCUUAUCUUAUUGAUUUUUGUCAUUAUUCUAUACUUUUUUCGAAUUUGGUGAUUUCCAUUCAACGUGCUUUUGUAUUUUUUCUACGUAACUGGACAAACCAAUUUUUUGAAUCUAAGGCAAUAUAUAUUUGGCUUGCAAGUAUUUACAUAUUUGCUUUUGGUGUGGAAUAUGCAUUAAUGUCUUCAAAUUGUCAAUAUGGAUAUGAUAAAACUUCUAAAAAUUACCAAUUAGUCUGUGAAGCAGACAAUCGCGGAAUCAUGAAAACAGUAGCAACGCCAGCUGGAAUUCAGUUUGUGGAAACUUUGCUACAUAUCGUUAUUCCUUUGUUUAUACUUAUCAUAUAUAUUGCAAUAACCGCAAGAAUAAUAUAUAUGAAAGGAAACACACUGAGCAAAAACGAAACUCUAAUAUUAAAGCAGGCAAUUUUUGUAUUUUUAAUUUUUCAGGCAUCAUCGUGUGUUUUCCUAUUUGCUCAAUAUUUUCAAAUUACAUAUGUCGCAGCCUUUUUAGUCAAGCGUUUCGUUAAUACGAUGGAAAUACUUGCCGGUGCAGCCACACCUUCAUUUUUCUUUUUCACAUCGAAAGAAAUACGAAAACUUGUUUCCACUAGAGUUUCAGCUGCCAGCUCACUAGGGCCAUCGAACAUUCAAGUUAGAGCUGCGAGAACUUUAGAGUAA